UAACGACUAGGUGCUACACUUGUCGACAUGUCAUGAGCAUUUCUCAAAAGCUCUCACCUUUUCAUCACACUCUCUCUCUCUCUCUAGAAACUUUUACAGUAAAUGCUUCAAAAGUUUCUCUGCAUUUACAUUUGAGAAUGUCUGAAUCUGCAGCAGCAGAGAAUGGUUACAUAAGUUUGUCAGAGUUCUCAACCAUGGAAGCAACAACAAUGUCUCAGUCUGACAAAACCAGCGAAAACGGUCUGAACUUCAAGGCCACCGAGUUGAGACUCGGUUUACCUGGUUCCGAGUCACCGGAGCCAGUCGACGAACGUUUCUUGCCUCUCAAGUCAGGGGCCAAAAGGGUGUUUUCCGACGCCGUUAACGGGUCUAACAAAUGGGUCUUCUCUCCUGGAUCCGCUAAUGAUGCCGGGUCGGGUUCGGGUUCCGUGAAAGAUCAUAAACCGGGCGUUCCGGUUAAGGAGAAGAAUAGCUCUGCAGCAGCAGCUCCAGCUUCGAAGGCACAAGUGGUGGGUUGGCCACCGAUUAGAUCGUUCAGGAAGAACACGAUGGCUUCAUCUCAGACACAGAAACAAGGUGGUGAUAACAAUAAUAGUAAUAAUAAAGCAGAAGCUAAGUCUGGACCAGAGCUUUGCUUGUAUGUCAAGGUGAGCAUGGAAGGAGCUCCUUACUUGAGGAAAAUCGAUCUCAAGACUUACAAGAGCUACGUUGAACUCUCUUAUGCUCUUGAGAAGAUGUUUAGUUGCUUCACUCUUGGUCAGUUUGGGUCUCAUGGAGGGUGUGGUCGAGAUGGGUUAAAUGAGAGUCGCUUGACUGAUCUCUUGCGUGGUUCUGAGUAUGUUGUUACCUAUGAAGAUAAAGACAGUGACUGGAUGCUUGUCGGUGAUGUCCCUUGGGAAAUGUUUAUAUGUUCCUGCAAGAAGUUGAGAAUCAUGAAGAGCUCUGAGGCUAUCGGCUUAGCUCCAAGGGUGAUGGAGAAAUGCAAAAGCAAGAACCAGUGAAGAUGCUUAAUGAAAUGUAAUUGCCAUUUUGUUUUGAAGCAUUCUUGUUUGUGUUUGUGGUACCUACUAACUACUAAGUCCUAAUAAGGCAUCUUCCUCUUACUUAUGUUUCUGUCCAUCAAAAUGGUUUUUUUUUUUUUUGCACAAAAAAGGGUUUACCCUUUGUUGUAUGUGUGUUUUUUUCUAAGAAAAACUUCAUUAUUCAUAUGUAUAAAAAAAGAAGUUGGUAAUGCAAACAACAGUGUAGAAAC